AUGCUUCCAGAUGCCCAGUCCGCGUCCAACGAGCCGUCGGUCUACACCCUCGAUGGUCCUGGGCCCGAACAGAUCUCGCAACCGUUGUCCAAUACCCGUCCCCAACUUCACACCAGAAACACUUCGGUGACGAGAGGCAGGCCUCAACAGUCGGCACCCCAGGCAUAUGGCCCCAACGGUACGACAUCAUCGCGGGCAGGCUCGGCCCAGCCUCAGCCGCUUGGGAGCGAAGCCGGUGUGAACGCAAGAGGAGGACCGGCGGUGGACACCACGGGCCUUCAGAGACGGACAUCAAACAGUUAUGGCCAUCACCGCCAGACGUCCGUCAUCCAUGGCCUGCAGCAUUCAAGAACCCCCAGCUUCAACUCUCCCUCCUCCGCGAGUCCUUUGACACCCGAAUCGCUACUUAGUGCAGCUGGCUAUGCAAGAUAUCCCACGAGCAGCAGAAGGGGCCAGUACUCCAAUGCGAGCGCAGAAACUUCAGCCUACACAUCUCCCGUAUCACCAUACCAAAGUCACGGUCAAGGGCACUCGAUCGAUUCGCUGAUUGACGCCAGCGCGCCAGUACCUGAGCCGGCGUCAUCAUCCUCACAGAACAGGAGACGCAAGGAUCAUUCAAGAACACGCAGGGGCCAUGCAUACAAUUCGUCCAGCUUCCAUCAGCAGCCUGAGCCGCGAACACCCGGGGAAUAUGCUCUCCACCACCUCUUUCACGCCUUUGUGCUCCGCGCCGAUCAAAGAAUCAACCACUGCCUCACUCUCCUGGACACUUCUCCUGCACCAGUGGAACAGGCUUGUGCGCCCGGUGUUGAUGCGGCCUUCGAUCAACUGAUUGUGUCACUGGGCCACAUUUCGCGCCUGGGACCCAAACCAUUGGUGGACAGUCUAAUGUUAUGGCGAAAAGGCAAAGGGGAUGCGGCUGCAAACCUGAAAAAGCAGGUCUACCAGCAAAGAAUCCAGGCGGGCACGCCAACUGCAUCCCUUCCCCCUUCGCUCCCUCGGCGGCAUACCGAGCCCCUUCAGGUCCCCAGCGAGGCUGGUCUCUCUCACGUUGGAGCUGAAGGUGCUUCUGCUGCUGAAGAUCCGCUCACCCAGGAAUAUCUGUUCGCAGAUCGCCGAGCCACCAUCUCCGUCUACAUCCUAUGUAGGGUGUUGAUUGCAAUCUUUGAGCAAAGCACGCUGGCCGCCAUAACCCAAGAUCUGGCCAACAAGCUGGAGGACAUCGUGUUCACGCAGAUCAGAGAGGUGGAGCCUGCACAGAUCCUGACAUCGACAAUCCGACUUGCAAACUGGAGAAUUUAUGGUGAGGUGCUGGGCCAUAUGAGCCGGCUGGACUUUGGCAACGUCACGUUCCGCUUUACGCAGCAGCUUGAUCAGUGGCAGCAGGACGUCGCCAAGAGCUCUGGAACCGCUGCCGCCAGGGAUCUUGAAUCUCGCAUCGAACUACUUCUGCUCGGCAUGCGCCAUCUGCACAUCCCCCCGACGAGGGAGGCCGCAUUUGCCGUUGCCGACUUCCUGCGAACUCUUGCGGCACUCUUCUCCGACGCGCAUGGGCCUCGAGUGAAGCAAGCCUACUGUCAACUAUUCGAGCGCUUGCUCACCGCCGUGGCGAGUAAUCCAGAUUGCUUUCAGAACGUUCCAAAGUGGAAGGACUUCAUCGAAACCAUCAACUCCAGGCUGGGCAACAUGCUAGUCAAGGUCCGCCACUGGAGUAUUGGAUUCCCCGUGUCGAUUCUGCUCAUCUGCAUUUCGCCAACCGAGUCUUUCUCCGUGCAGUGGCUUCCAAUGAUCUCGAGUUUAGCCCCAAAGCUAAAGGACAGGUCUACGCGAGCCCUCGCCCUGCAAGCCAUUUGUCAACUGGUCUGGACAUAUCUCGUCAGGGUCGGAGACACCCUACAGGUCAAAUUGCGUCGACUGGAAGAGAUCAUCAAGAUCACAAUCCCUCAAGGGAGGAAAACUCAUGUGGUGUCUGAUCCAGCUACGGCGAAUCCGCUGGUGCAAUUCAUCCGGAUCCUCGGGUUUACAUCUCAGGAGCUCUGUUUCCGUGCCGUCAUCUUCCCUCUUCUGCAUUACGAUCUGUUUCAAUCCAGUCGAACCCUCCGGAUUGAACAGAUCGAGCCGGAACGGAUGGUCAUUGGCAUUCGCGCGUUUCUUGUCCUCAUUUCUGACUUGGAGAAAGGUGACACGAGGCGUCCACCAUUCCCUGCAUUUAACAUACAUACCCCGACCGUUGACGGGUUGCCUCCCUCGCCGAUGAGCAUGAGAGCCAUUUUGGGGAUCGAUUCACCCGUGCAAUCAAUCUGCGAAGAUGAGAGUCCUUCCUCCCUGCCAGUCAACGUUUCUGCGCUGGAUGAAAAUGCCCAACAGUACUAUCUGCAAUUCUGUCAAAUACUGGGCAAGAUUACAAUUCUCUGCGACAAUACCUUUGGGGGGCAAGCCACGCUGAACGAAAAGUUUUCUUCGGCGGCAAACGUCACCCCUAAAACUCCUCUUGCCGACGCAUUCACACUGGCACGGAAUCAAGAGCCAAUAGCCCCUGACCAGAGGCAGUUGUAUUACGAGCUGCUUCACGUGGCCAUUCAGGCUCUCCCGCGUUGCUUCACCGACCAUAUUCCCUUGAACCCAUUGAUCAAUCUCUUGUGUACCGGGUCUGCUCACGUGCAGGCCAAUAUCGCAGCCUCUGCUACACAGUCUUUGAAGGCCAUAGCGAAACAGGGCCACGCCCAGGCAGUAGCAAUUGCUUUCCCACGGUUCAUUUUCCACUACGACUCUCAGUACUCUACGAUGUCAGAUGAGGGGCGUCUGGGGCCUGCCCACAUCGAAACGACAUUGACGUUAUAUCUUGAAUUGCUCCAGAUCUGGAUGGAGCAGCUUAAACAGAAGGCCGUUGCGAGCUCGGUCGAAGCAAGAGAUCGUUCAGCGGGCGGCCCUAAUCGAGCGCUGCAAAUGGAGCUCACCAACGCCAUCCCUCAUGUGGACGAGAUUGAAGCAUAUGGACUGUUCUUCCUUUGCUCCCAAUCUCGGCGGGUGAGGGCGUUCGCGAUCAAAGUUCUACGACUCGUUGUUCAGUUUGAUUCCGUUCUCGGCCAGGCGGAUUCGUCACGGAUCAUCAAGCUUUUGGAGGAUCAGUCGUCCACAAUCCUAGACUUGCAUGACGAUGCUCUCAAUGUUGCCGAACGCAGUCGGUUGCAGAAGGACAAGCGCGUCGGUCCCGGCCAGAGUACUCUGAUCGAGAUUUGCAGCUCCGAGGUCUCAUACGACUCGACUCUUUGGUUCAAAGCUUUCCCGAACCUCAUCCGCGUUGUGUUCGAUGCAUGCCCAAACGCCAUAGCCCUCUGUCGAGGAACUGUUACGGACAGACUUGUGAUGAUGCAGAACGAUAUUGAAGCCUUCUCAGACGCUGCUGGUGCUACUGCGGCCAUGUAUGAAUACCGCAUGCAGGGGAGAAGUUCUGCCACAUCCGCCGAGGUUCUCUUCGAUCAGUGGAAACUAUACCUCAUCAUGGCUUGUGUUACGCUCAGCUCGCCAGGUGCCCAAUCCCAGAGUCAGCUUGCUGAUGCUGCUCACGCACGCAAGACGUCCAAGAGCACGGUCCCAGCGCAGGACAAGCUGAGCUCCGCCCGGGCGUUAUUUUCUGCGAUCAUUCCAAUGCUGGGCGCCGCGCCUGACGCCAUUCGUGAUGCGGUAGUCUCGGCUCUCGGAUCAAUCAACCGCAAGCUCUAUCGGACACUUCUUGAAUCAUUACAGUAUGCGGUCAUCAAGUGCAAUGAGGAGGCGAAGGCGAGGAUCACCCAUCACAGGACCCCAAGCAGUCCACAACGGUCGCAGCAAACAGAGCGCCUUCGAACUGAGGUGACGCAUGUAUACAAGCUUACGGCAUCUUUCCUCCGGCAUGAGGACAUCUACAACGAUGACUGGAUCUUGAACAACCUGGUCAUAUAUACCAGGGAUCUCCGCAUCUUCCUCAGUGAUACCGACGUGCAGAACGACUGGCGUUUCCAGAAACUGAGAUAUCACUUCUGCGGCCUUGUCGAGGAAGUAUUCGAGGGUGUCAACCGGUCUCAGACGCCUUCGCGCUGGAUGCCUUUUGAAUCGCGCAAGUCUGCGUUCGCCUUGAUGGAGGACUGGUGCGGCUAUUCAGCUGAGCAAACAUCGAUUGAUCCAAAUCACAACAAUGCGCGGACCGUGCAGGAUCGUAUCAAUGCCAGCGCCGCCACCGAGAAGGAGAAGAACAAUUUACGAGUGGCCGCUCUCAGUGCAAUGGCCACUCUAUGUGCCGGGACGAUCAGCAUCAGAACUGACAGCAACGCCAUCUUAUCAUUCAAUCUGCCAAGGAUGCUGUCCUGGAUCGACACAAUUUUCGCCACGAACAACCACAAAAUGCACACCAUCGGUCGACGGGCGCUCAAGCUGUUGCUCAUGCACAAUCCAGAGCAUCUUGGAAUUGUGGAACAUGCCGUGGAGCAGUGCUACAGGACCGAGUCUCCCAUGGCGUUGGAAAGCUAUUUUGGCGUCGUAUGUGAUGUCUUAAUCCAGCACGAGGACUAUCCUGUGCCGUUUUGGAAAAUAGUCAGCAUCAUCGUCUUCACCUUGGGGAAUGAGAAUCGCGAAAUCAGAAUGAAGUCGGCACAUCUUAUCCGCACUCUGGACGAACGCCAACAUAAGAGAACUAACCUUCAGGAAUUUGACAUCAGCAUCUCUGACAAGACACGCGCUGUGUACAAGCUGGCUCAAUUCGAAUAUUCGCGACGUCUUGCGAAGGCCAACUCCGACAUAGCGUUCAUGGUGUUUUCGGAGUUCUCGCUCCAUUACAAGAGUGCGCGAAAUGAUCAUCAAAGAAACAUGGUCGUGGCCAUAUUGCCGUGGCUGCAGACUCUCGAGCUCCAGGUGGAUUCCGCAACUGGAUCUCCUACCGCUGUUUCGUACAUGCUUCUGGCCAACAUGUUCGAAAUCACCAUCUGCUCUAGCAGUGCCAUGCACAAUGAAGUACAGGCGUUGUGGCAGGCGUUAGCGACAGGACCACAUGCAGGCAACGUGCAAAUGAUCCUUGACUUCAUCAUAUACCUGUCCCUUGACCGGCGCGACCAGAACUUUGUCGAGUACGCAAAACAGAUCGUUGUGUACCUGUCUUCCACUCCUGCCGGAUCUCGAGUGCUGGAAUUCUUCAUGUUACAACUAUGCCCGAAGAAUAUGGUCAACGACCGAAAGCAUGCAGAAGUCGUGAUGCCUGACACGAGAAGUCUCCCUUAUGUCGCUGAUCUGACUUCCCUGCUGCCUAUGGGCACCAAACAGGUUGGGCUUUCUCUUGGCCAAGUCUCCCUGAUUUUUCUGGUUGAUCUCAUGGUUGCGCCUGUUACCCUCGUCAGAGACGAGGCCGCAAAGCUCAUUCACGCGGUACUGAUUCUGUGGGACCACUACACUGCCUCCGUUCAGGAACAAGCAAGGGAGAUGUUGGUGCAUCUCAUACACGAAUUGGUCACCACCAAGAUCGAAGCUCAGACUCUCAACUCUGCCAAGUCAAGGAUCGAAAGUCUGGUCGACGCAAUUCGAACGAACAGUCCUCGGAUCAGCUGGUCCUACGAGAGCAACACUAGGAAAGACGAAGAUGACGGCGGCAGCCGAGUACCUCCGGCAAUGACAGCACUCACUACUGAGAUUGUCAGUAUCUUCAACCUGGCAUUCGACAAUUUUAGCGAUUCUUGGGCUAAAGAAGCACUACACUGGGCCUCCAUCUGUCCGGUUCGACAUUUGGCCUGCCGGUCCUUUCAAGUUUUCCGGUGCAUCUCUGUCAGUUUGGACGCCAGGAUGCUAGCCGAUAUGCUUGCACGGCUUUCCAAUACGAUUGCCGACGAGCACACGGACUACCAAACCUUCUCCAUGGAAAUAUUGACGACGCUGAAAGUCAUUAUCGGAGCGCUCGAGCCGAAAAACCUGCUACGUUAUCCUCAGCUCUUUUGGACCACGUGCGCAUGUCUCAAUACCAUUCAUGAACGAGAAUUCUACGAGACCCUAGGGAUGCUUGAGAAGUUCCUCGAGAAGCUGGAUCUCUCUGAUCCGGAUGUGACGGAAGCAAUGAUGAAAGGACUGCCCGGGAAGUGGGAUGGCGGCUUUGAAGGGCUGCAACCGUUGCUUUACAAGGGCCUCAAAUCCGCCGACAGCUUGGACAAGACUCUCCUGGUUCUCCAACAGCUAGCGGAACUUCCAGACUGCCAGCUCGUUGGAAGCGACAACCGCCUACUUUACUGUGUCUUAGCGAAUCUACCACGAUGGCUGCAUACCUUCGACCAGGAUGCUACCAAUGCUGCAGCAUUGGCUUCAGCGCAGACGCUCGCGAGGAUCGCAAGUGCUGAAGGCCACGAGCCCCUCUCAAUCUGCCUGGCACGUUACGCCAACAAUGACAUAACAAGCCAAGAGAUGCUUACGGCCACGGUGAAAUCUCUCAAGGCGGCCUACUUCCCUCUGUGUGAUGCCUCAAGUCUGAUUUUCAUGAUUGGACUGCUGACGAACAAGACGCCAUGGUUCCGAGUCAAGCUCAUGGACAUCCUAUGCGAGUUGAUCCCAAUCGUGAAUAUGAAAAGUCCUUCUAUUACAACUCACGGGCCGGACCUCAUCUCUCCACUACUCAGGCUACUGCAAACCGAACACUGUACUCAGGCAUUGGAGGUCAUGGACUACAUCAUGGAGGUCGCAGCCACACCUAUGGAAAAGCACCAUAUGCGUAUGAGUAUGGCUUCGGGCUCAGCAAAAGCCAUUCGAAAAGAGUACGAGCGAACACAAAGUCUCUAUGGCAUUCCGCACUCCUCGGGAUGGUCCAUCCCAAUGCCGGCGGUGUAUUCUGGCAUGACCAGGCACAACGUCCACGCCGUCUUCUACACAUGUGGAGACUCGGAAUUCCUGAAAGACCAGGAAACUAGCACGCCCGAUGUCGAAUUUCAGGGUGACGAUGGAUACACCGACUCAUAUUUCCCACCCCAAAGCAGGGCGGAGACGAUCCGAACACUUGAGGCUGCGGAUACCAAUGUCAGCGAUCUGGUUAACACUCUCGACAGUCUCGACGACUUCUUUGACGAUGUAGAGGCUGAUGAUGUCCUAACGCCGAUGGGAACAAGCCAACUGAUGGGCUCCGCUAUCUCAAUCCCCACCCUGACAGAGCAAAACACCGACCUGUACGACGAGCAGACGGCCCCAAUCCUUCGACAGAGCCUCUCCCGGACUAUGCCGUCGACUAAUGUGCAGGACGGUUUCACCGAGGCAGGUCCCCUCCCUGGCAUGACCCACCAGACUCAGCCUAGUCUCUCAUCUCAGAGUUACAGCGCAUCUGCCCAGGCCUCUUUCUCUUCGAUCGACGAACUGGGAGGACCGGGGCCGUCGAUGCCGAAUUCGACGAAGAAAACUGCCCUCCAAACCUCCAUCAGCCCGAUAAGCCAUCAGCGGCCAGGACUUCAUGCCAGGUCUAUCACGUCUCCCGCGAACCAAUUCCCUGUCUCGCAGCCAACAGCGAGCGGACUCGCUACUAUGCCUGAGAACUUCUCGUUCAGGUCCCAGGAUGAUUUUGCUGAGCAAUAUGACGAAGCCGUCCUAUCAGAUGGGGAGAAUAGUCCUUUCCCCUUGCUGAGCAUGAGUAUGUCCAAUCAGAGCAAAUCACUGUCCGGUCCCGGCCCUUCGGAGUAUCAGAUGACGCCUACUUCUGCCACUGAGACAGGUGGUGCCUUUAGCCUCCAGGGUAUGAGAAGGGGUAUGCGGCGCCUGACAGGUGGAAAGAGUGAGAGCCAGAAGGAGAAGGAGAAGAGCAAGGACUAUGCACGUCUACGUGGGCAAUCAGGAGGCCCAAAUCUGGUGCCUGCGGCAAUGCAGAGCCCCCGAGUCCCGAGGGUACCUUCCGAAUACCUUACUGGCGGUGCCAGCAACAUCAGCAGUGUCAGCCCCACCGCAAGCCCAGGGCUUUGA